GACCCGGCAUUUUUGAGAUGCGCCGCCGCGCAGCAGAGCGUCGCGAACAGCGCAUCCGCCGCCGCUGCGAGCUCAGGCGCGCGGAGCGCCGCGGGUCAGAAGGCGUCGAAAGAACAGAAGAGGGCCGCGGAACUGAAAAAGAAUGUCGAUGCCGCGACGAAGGAGGAGUCUAAGGCGUCUGCUGCGCUGACUAAGGCGCGAAGCGCGCUCGCUGCCGCCACGCUGACCCCGCAGGACCAGGCGACGCUCGACGCGGCAAACGCGGCGGAAUCCUCGGCGGUCCAGGCGGAAGCCGACGCUCGGGCGGCGGAUGCGCAGGCGAAGGCGGCGGAGCAGGGCGUGAAGACGGCCGCGGAGAAGGUCACCCGCGCGAAGGUCAAGCGCGCAAAGUUGCAAGCUCUCCGCGUGGCCGCAGAGAAAGCGGCGGAGAAGGCAUCCGUGGCGGCGCAGGCGGCGGAAGAUCUGGCAAUGGAGGCGGAGCAGGAAUGGGAGGCGUCGCAGACGCCCGCGCAGGGGUCGGAUCCCGCGCCUGGCUCGGAUCCCUCUCCCCCUGGCGGCGGUGGCGACUAUGGCGGAUAUGGUGAUGAUGAUUACGACGACCACCAUGAUGGCCAUCACGGUGACGACGAUGACGAUUAUGGGGAGGAGCAUGGGGGGCACGGGGGGCGCGGGGGACAUGAUGAGGGGAACGGGCGGGGGGAGGGCGGACAAGGGGAUAGGGACGACGGGCACCAUGGAAGGGGAGGGAGGUUCGGGCAGCAGUCGGUUGCGGCGCAGUCCGCGCAGCCUGCGCAGGCGGGCCCGGGGGUGAUGCCUUCGCUGGGUGCGGCUGUGCAGGCGGCUCAGCAGCAGCAGAAUGCAAACCGCCCUAGGUCUUUCCUGCCAAGCUGGCUCUUGGGUUGACGGGGUGAAUCCUGGUGCUGUGAAUGGAUCUGCAGGCAUGUGCGCUCUGGUUUGUUCGUGCGUCCCCACGGCCACUCUCAUUAUCACCACGAGCCUUCUCUGGGGCAGUUUCCUGGCCUUUGUCCUGCUAGGAGGAACACUUAGCACCUCCUCUGCAACUGGCGCUUUUCUGAUUUACCUUGCCAGCCGGGUGUUACAGCUCUUGUGCCGCAUGCUGUAAGGGAGGAGGAAGAGGGGUGGUGGAGAAUGGCCCUCGGUAUAUCACAGGAGAAGGCUAGUUUCAUCAGCGUUGGACUUGAUUUCGUUUAGAUUUUCUUUCAAUACUA